GCUGUGUGCUCAUCGAAGGGAUCAGGGAAGGCGAAGAGCGAGCAAAAAAAUGGUGGCUCGAAGAUUCGUCGUCAGCUACGACGGCACCGAACUCCCCAUCGAUUACGACACAGAGGACGGCUUCGAAGUUCUCAAGUUUCAGAUAUUCUCGCUCACGUCAGUUCCUCCCGACGAGCAAAAGCUCACCGCCGGUGAUAGGGAUAUUCUCAUCACGGAAGAAUCUGAUCUCGUGGCCAUCUCGGAGGGGCUUCGCUUGGUGUCAAUCGAAGAUGGAGCAGUGGAGAAACCGGAAUCCAUCCAACAGUUGGGGCAGUCCGAUGAAGAAUUGGCCCGGAUGCUGCAGGCAGAGGAGGAGGCUCUAUUCUUCCAACAAUUCGAGUCCAAUGAAGGUACAAAGGAGUUUGAGCAGAGGGUUCGGCCUUACGUAGAUCAGGUCCUACAGUACGAGGAUCCUGUUCGGCAAGAAGCUGCUCGCAAAUCAGUUCCUGUUGAAGAGAUUCAGGAGAAAGCCUUGGUUUCCUUGGCCAAGGAGGGCAACUUUAAACCUUCAAAAGACGAGGAAGACCACAGUUUCUUGUUGCAACUGCUGAUAUCGUUUAAGCAAUCAUUCAGUUGGGUUAAUGCGCCCCCUUGUGAUAACUGUGGCCGUGCAACAAGCAAUAUUGGUAUGGGUGCUCCACUUCCCUCCGAAACUAUGUUUGGGGCCUCUCGUGUUGAACUUUACAGGUGUAACUUCUGUUCGUGCAUUACUCGUUUUCCACGAUACAAUGAUCCAUUAAAGCUUCUGGAAACAAGAAGAGGCCGUUGUGGAGAGUGGGCUAAUUGCUUCACACUUUAUUGUCGAGCUUUUGGCUAUGAAACUCGCCUGAUAUUGGAUUUCACGGAUCAUGUUUGGACGGAGUGUUUUUCAAAUUUGUUAGGAAGGUGGAUGCACCUUGAUCCAUGUGAAGGAAUAUAUGAUAAUCCACUUCUGUAUGAGAGAGGCUGGAAUAAAAAAUUAAACUAUGUAAUUGCUAUAGCUAGAGAUGGGGUAUGUGAUGUUACAAAAAGAUACACGAGGAAGUGGCCUGAGGUCCUAUCUAGGCGUAAAAUUACCACUAAAAGCUCUGCAUCCGUUUUUCUUUCUUCCCUAACAAAAGAAUUACGUGCUGGAUAUUCAUCUAAAUUACUUGAGCAUCGUGAUAUGAAGGAAUUAGAAGAACUGGAGAGUGGGCUGCAUACGCAGGUUGAUUCUUCAUUGAGCUUACCUGGGAGGCAGAGUGGGGAUGUUGAAUGGCGAAUGGCAAGGCGUGAGCUGGGUUCAAAUGAACAAAACUCUCUGAGCAUUUCUUCAUGUCCAGUCCGAAAAUGUGUAGAUGUGCAUGUAACUAACAUCUAUAAUGCCUUUGCGCUUCUUCUGUCUUUCCAGUAUGAAAAUGCUAUUUCGAAAGGUGAAGCAAUUGCAGCUUUGCAGACGCUUAAAAGCUUGUUUGUUGAUCUGAGAGCUGCUCCUUUCAAAGAGCGAAAAGCGUUUUUGAGUUCAACAUUGAGGCUUUCAGAGGAAGUCCUGUUUUACCUCAAAGAAUUGUGUACAGCUCUUUCCUUGAAGGAUCAGUUUGGGAGUGAUGGUAGGCUAUGUGUUUCUUUAGCUGACGAUCCAGUUCAAACUUCUUUAGCAUUACCGGUUGCUUUGGAUUUAGUAGAUGAAAUAAUUGAAAAUUUUGAUAUACAUUGUGGUAAAGAUGCACCACAAUUUCCCACUUUUGAUAGAAUAUCAUCUGGUUUUGUUCUGGCUAGUGGUGAAGAACUCCCAGUUGGAAUCAGCACUUCUGCAUUUGAUGGCUCUCGAAUAACUAAGUGGGUGGAACCAAAUGGAGCCAAAGGAUGCUGGCUAUUGUAUAAAGUUGCUAAUGACCAGAGACUCGUUCUCAAGUCCUAUGAUUUGAUGUCAGCAAAUGAUGCUCCAGAAAGGGAUCCAAUGGAGUGAAAAAAAAAAAAGAUGGUCAUUGUUGUCAUAUGCAUUUUAGUUUUUAAAUGAGAAAGUCAAGUGUUCAAGGUUUAAUUCGAAAAUAAAGAAAUAGAAUGUUCAUUGUGAUCAUAUACAUUUGACAUUCUUUUUUUAAGAAGUGAGGCUUUGUAAUAUUUCAUUGGGAGGUAUGAAUUGUUUAUCUGAAUGAAACAUAAUUCUAUUAUUAUAAUAAAAUGAAGGUGUCAAAUUGAGCUUUUAUAA